AUGGCGCAUAACUACGGAGUAGCGGCAACAACAAGACCCAGCAAGGAGAAUGGGUCUCAACCAGAUGAAUAUAAAUAUCCACCACAACUGCAUUACCCUAAUCACAAUUUGAGCACUGAAGAUAGUCAUAGUAAGCCCGACGACUCUCAUCGUUUUUUUCAUAUGCCAAACUUAGAACCGCAAUUUCACAUUCCAAACAUAGAUCAACUUUCUUCCCCUUCAUUUCAGCCGUUGAGUAAUGCAUCGUCAUUGCCACCAUCUAGUUCAACUAUCAGCAAGUUUGCAUCAAAUGGAUCAAAUACAUUUUGGAAUACACCAGUGUCAUGCAUGUCUGAAACAAAGGCAGGAACUGAGCUUCCAUCACACCCACAAUAUCGCGGAUUGUCAAUUGAUUCAAGUAUAUGGACACUGCCAAACUCUUUAGCAUCGGGUGGUGGACCAGCUCCUAUGCCAUCAAGCAUAUGGUCUCCUACAAGAUUGAAUGGACAGGAUCAGCCGCAGCAGCAGCAGCAACCACCGCAACAACUGAGUUUCACUACACAAUACUUUCCACCACAAAAACAACCAACUAUUCCCAUACAGAAUACACCAUUGGAUGCAUCAAACGCAGAAAAUUAUACGGCAGUCGUUCAGGCUGAGAAUAGGUCUUCAUCCAUAAGUGGGUUUACCCCACCAGCAGCAGUGGAAGAUGUGGCUGUCGGCACUGGAUUGCUCAACAAUGAUACAGCAAGUACAUCACCAUCGGUUGGUUAUGAAUCUAUGAGACGUCAUUCGUACGCAGAUGGAUCACUUGAUCGUGCAAUUUCAAAUGAAGUAUCUCCACCAUUGACCAAGCGACAAUCAUCAAAGACUGACAUUGCCACAAUGCAAAUGGUGAAUGACUACUUUGAGUCGGAUCCACAUGAACGAGUAAAGGUUACAAUGAAACUACUUAAUGAUCGGUUUUUCGAUGAGGAAAAGUAUUUGAAUGAUGCAUACCAACUUCCCAAGUUUCCAAUUGAAUCAUCGUUGCGCAACUAUCAAUUGGUUUUGGUUGGUUUCAAAGCGGGCAGAAUUGAUGUUUUCUAUCUUCCUUCAUCUAAUGGAAUUUGCUCGUCUACGGUAUCUGACCCCAUGGUGUCGCCCGCAACUGGCUCCUUGGGUCAGAAUUCGUUUGAAAUAAAGGUUGGUGAUUUGGUUAUUGUGGAGGCUGAUCGUGGCCGCGAUUUGGGAAAGGUUUUCAAGUUGAACGUUUCCAUUGAUGAGGCACGAUUGUUGAAGUUGUUGCAAUUUCAGGAGCAGCAAGCAGCAUUGAAUGAGCAUAUUGAGAAUAAUUUAUUGGAUGACGUUUCAGUAAAAGUUUCAUCUUCUGGUCAGCGUGGCUUGUCAUCACAAUUCCCCGCUGGAGCACAACAACACCAUGGUCAGCAAAGUUCGGUUGUGCCACCAACUUUGCAAUUUCCUAAAUCGAUAUUGGCACUUGCUCAACCAAAUGAAAUAUUUCAAAUUUUGAACAAGAAGCAAGAUGAAGAAAAGGCUUGCCGAUUGUGUCUUGCCAAGAUUUCGACUGCAACAAGUGGAUGCUUGUUGAGCGGUGCACCCAUAUCUCCAGCAACGCAAGAUUUGUUGCAAAUGAAGUUAAUUGACGCUGAGUAUCAAUUUGAUCGCAAGAAGUUAAUUUUUUAUUAUUCAACUUCAAAGCGAAUUGAUUUUAGGGAUUUGGUUCGUGAAUUGUUUAGAAUUUACAAGACGAGGAUUUGGAUGUGUGCUGUGACUGGUGUACCUUUUAAAGCUUCAAGGACAAAUUUGAGUCCAUUGAGUACCGGUGUCAAUACAUUACCUGGCCAAGCCCACCAAAUGCAACCACAAGCACAAACCCAAACUCAAGCACAGACCCCGCCACUGCAUCUACCAUCUAGUCAACGUCCUUUGCAAUUUCUGCAACGUCCACAAUUGGCUGAACAACAAGUGGUGUCACUUCUGGCCAUGUCUAGUUUUCCCACUUCAAUGCAAAAUAUUCAACAAAAACAGCAGCAGCAACAACAACAACAGCAGCAGCAACAGAAACAACAGCAGCAACAACAACAAGGGCUAACUAGAAGACAAAGUUUCCAACAACCUUCUACUUUUCAAAAUCGAAAUCAGCCAAUGCAGAAGCUGAUGCAAUUUACGCAACCAUGGACAUCUUCAGCUCAGUCUCAACUUAGAGCACUGCACCAACCAGCAAUGAAUUACAAUGAUUACCAAUUUGAUGCAGUGCCUCGACAAAUUUCUGAUUCCGAACAACAACAACUUUACUCGCAACCUUGGUCGCUGCAGCAGCUGUUACUGCCAUCUCAACAGCAUCUUUGGACCCGACAACAGCAACAGCAACAGCCUAUCUCAUCAGCACCAUCAUUGACUCCGCAACAACAACAAGCUCAACAAGUGCAGCAACAAGCACAACGACAAGUUCAAGAGCAGUUUAGGAGGCGUAAUAAUCAAGGCGCUGAUGGCAUUGAUAUUUCCAUGAUGCAAAAUCCAUCGGAUGAGAAGUUGGUGUUGAAGAGUUUAGUUGAUUCCAUAAACCAUUGA